UUCGAAUAAUUUAAUCAUCAAGUAUAUUAGCUGCCGGCUACUUACAACGUAAUGUACUUAAUUACUAUUUGGAUUUCCCUUCGGCAUAAACAGCGAGGGAAUAUAACAUAAAAAAUCCCAGACUUUCGACACAAUAUACUACUGAUCGUAACACAAUUCUAGAGGGUCAAAAAGUUAGAAAGUUUGGACCUUGAGACAAAGACCUGGUGGAACGUCGACUCUGCGUCUCAGGGUAGCCAAAGCCUACUCAGAAUUCCCUAAACGCGGAGUUUUGCUAAGUGGGGACGCUGAAAGGCUAGGGACAGACAGGAAGUCCUCAGGCGAAUUCGCCAUUCAGAAACAGAACCGUGACUUCUUUCACCUCCAGCGAAACAAACGGAGGUGUUACAAUCCGCUGUAACAAACGGCUAGCGCCUUGCCGCAUCAAACAAUGGACUUGGAAAUCAGUUUGCGACCACGCAUCUACGCGUCUUCUGGUAAACGAGGCAGUGAGGUCCAACGGUACCAAGGACAGAAUCGUAUCUCUCGGGGAUCACUGCAAACGCCCGCCUGCAGCGGAAGAGUUAUCUCGCGAGACGACGGGUCCCCAAAAGGCACAAACCUAGCGCCAAGGUUGGCUGUGAAGGUAGAUUCCAGGGUGCGGAAGUGGAUUUGUGGUGCGACCUCUAACCGCUCAGAGGUCAACCCCCAUUCGACACCGAAAACUAGGCCUUGCCUGCUAUGGAAGGGCAGCAGGGGCAAGAAAGCCCCGCAACCCUAGCACUCGCCCAGGCUCAUUUCAACAAGGGCGACUACGCGGAGGCCGAAGCGCUAUACUCCGCUUACAUUCGCCAGUGCGCCUGCGUGUCCUCCAGCCGCGUGAGUCCCGGGAGCAAAUGCAGCCCUGAGGAUUUGGCUACUGCAUAUAACAACAGGGGGCAAAUCAAGUACUUCAGGGUUGAUUUUUAUGAAGCCAUGGAUGACUACACAUCUGCCAUAGAAGUCCAACCCAAAUUUGAAGUUCCGUAUUACAACAGAGGGUUGAUACUGUAUAGGCUGGGGUAUUUUGAUGAUGCUUUGGAAGAUUUCAAGAAGGUAUUAGACUUAAAUCCUGGAUUUCAAGAUGCUACUUUGAGCUUAAAACAGACUAUUCUAGACAAAGAAGAAAAACAAAGAAGAAAUGUUGAAAAAAAUUGAAAUGGUUAAUUCCUUACAUCUGCAUCGUUAUCAGUAAUUUAAAAUAGAUAUUGAGCUAUUUUGAUUUAUAUUUAAGAAAUUAAUACAUUAGCACUGAAAGUUAAUGUGUUUAAGGUAGUUAAUUUCAGGUUUAAUGGUUUUUUUAUGAAGUGUAAAUACCAAUGUAUAUGUGUAUAUUAUUAAAUAUUACAGUAAAAAGGAA